AUGGACAAGGGUGAGCAGCUCGCGCUCAUCCAGCGCGUGGCGCAUUCUUCUGGGAACCAGGCGAAGGAAGCGCUUGAGUCCAUGAUCUUGAAAUGCGGCACCAGACACUCGACUAUCGCACGAGCGAUCAGGGACGCCGUCGAGAGGUACACGCCGGCCCCGACAAUUGUCUACGAGAACCCGGGGACCAAUAAUGACAGCGAUGCAUCUCUCGCUCCAUCUCCUCCGAUGCGACGCAACAAGAAGAAAGAUGAAAGCGAUGGACGCCGGGCUGAUGAGACCACUCGUUCCGGCACCUCUGAUGAUGACCCGGGCGCUCUUCGUCGCCAUGCCAAGGCGUCGAAAAAAGCCAAGACUGCGACAACUGGCAAAAAGAACGUUUCUGUUCAUCGAAAUCAUCAGCAGAGCAACCUUGACAAGAAGAGGAAGAAGUACAAGGAGGCGGGGCAUGCACCUACUCAUGCCCCUGGAACGGAGCAUAGAACCAUCCAAACACUCGUCGGGCGACCAUCGGAACAAGCGAAGAUGAAUGUCGCAAAUCUAGUGACUCCCUCUCAUCUGGAGAUCAGCGAACAAGACAGGUUACUGGGUCGUAAUCUCAAGAACGAUGUUUCCGAUGACGACCUGGCUGUUGUCAUUUCCUCUGAGGAUGAGCCCUGGUAUGCUGCGGGGCCACACAAGAACACCGUGAACAACGGAAUCGCGAAUAAUCAAAGUUCGAAGAUUGGAAAUUUGGAGGCUGACAUCUCAAUUACUGACAGUUCAGAUGAUGAGAGCUCCAUUGAUGAGCGACAAGGCAAUGCCUUGGCCGUGGCCGCUGGACCACCACAGGCAAGCUCCAAUGUGAAGACCACCCAGGCCGGCGCAGGAAAUAGUGAUGGAGGCGUCCAUGCUCAGUCAUUUACCAUCCCAAUUCGAGAGGCAUUCAACCCGUUUGGUGCCGGAAAGCCGAGCUCCGUCUUAUUAUCCAAGAAACGCAAGGCUCAAGAUCCUCCAGCGGAAAAGACUCAGCCUGCGAAGACAGCCAACGAUUACUAA